AUGACAUCAGUUUCAGAGAUCUCUUGCCUUUUGGGUACUCUCACAAGCGCGAUCGAGGUGUUCAAGGCCGAGCUAGCGAGACAACGUCUGCCGGAGCCGUCUCUUUGUACGUCUAAGCCUCAUCCCAUCGACGACCUCUCGUACAUUCCGCCGCCUGCAAUGUAUGAGGCGAGGCGGAUAGCGAUCGCUAGCUUAAACAACUUGAAACUGCUCCUGGAGAAUCCGGUUGAGGCCAUUGUAAACACCGUCCGGGAAAGCGGGGAAAUACAGGGCAUGCGCCUCACUGCAGAUAUUGGCUUACAUGAAGUAUUAGAUGAUGUUCCUGAUCCAGAGGUGGGCGAAAGCAUCGAAGUUAUUGCGAACAAGACGAAGAUUCAUCCAAUGAAACUCGAGGGCGUCUUGCGUUUCCUCGCUUACCGAGGAUGGUUUCGUGAAACCAAACCAGGAUACUUCGCAAACAAUCGCCGGAGCCACACAUUGAAGAUGGACACUCCGGGGUAUCGCAUCGUGAAAUACCUCGGCAACUUAACAUUCAAGAACAUGGGGAAGUUACCAGAAGCCCUGACCCACCCCGACGCAUCGUUUCGAAUGGCCACCGAUGUUGCGCAUACUGCGUUCAAUCUUGCUUACAAUACCGAUUUGCCUUUCUUCGGGUCCGAGAGUUGGACUGCCCAACACCCGGAUGAGGCUCAGAAAUUCGCGCUCGGGAUGGGCGGUUUGGGAGUUUGCUCCGACAAUGGAGUAGUACACGAUUUCCCCUGGGUUGAAUAUACCAAGGACGCCGUCGUAGAUAUCGGAGGCGGGCAAGGCACCUUAGCUUGUUCUUUGGCGGCGGCUCAUGGAGAAAUCAAUAAUUUCAUUGUUCAAGACCUACCAGUUACUCGAGAGCCGGCGGAGAAAUACAUAGCAUCCAAAGGUCUAUCAGCUCGGGUCAGGUUCGAGGCACAGAAUUUCUUUGAGCCAAACAGGCGCCAGGGAUCGGGCAGCUAUGUUUUCGUUAUCCAGAAAGUGCUUCAUGACUGGAACUCCGAAGACGGCGCCAAAAUCCUGAGGCAGGUUCGGGAGUGCCUUUUGGACGGCAAGAGCAAGCUACUGAUCAUUGACCCCUUGCUUUCGCCCGCCACAUUGUCUCGGGAAGGACUCAGUGCCAACGAGUCGCUUGCCAUGCUCCAAGGAAAGAAUCACUACGACCCCGUACCACCACCACCGUUCAUACCAAGAGACUUUGGUGACAAUUGGAUGAACGCCCACUCCACCAACGUCGUUCUCAUUGCCUUAUGCAACGCUUUUGAGCACACAUACAAGAGUAUGAGUGAUAUGCUUACACUUGCUGGUCUGAAAAUCAAGAAAGUCAAUGCUACACGGUGA